AUGCUCAAGAGGUUGAUGAGUUCUCUAAGUUUCGAAACUAGGAUUCUCAAAGUAGAUCCCAAAUCCAUACGAUUCUCUAGAACCGCUCACAUCGAUGGGUCGCUUCCAAUAAUCUCAGAUGUGGAAACCGAGAGAAAUCUUAUAGAAGCUGCUAAAAUCAUUCGCGAAUCCAACAAUACGGUAGGUUUCCCGACAGAAACUGUGUAUGGUCUUGGUGGCUCAUCUCUGAACGAUCAAUCGGUGCUGAACAUAUAUAAGGCCAAAAACAGACCUAGCGAUAACCCUCUAAUAAGUCAUGUCUCGUCCAUCGAUCAGCUGAAUCGAAAAAUAUACGGACAGCAACAAGUUGACGACGUUUUACAGAAUAUCCCAACGAUUUAUCGUGGUCUCACAGAAAAAUUGUGGCCUGGACCUCUCACAAUUCUGUUACCUGUGCCGAAAGUUUCUACACUAUCCAAGCUAACGACUGCAGAUCAGCCUACGUUUGCGGUCAGAAUUCCAUCCAAUCCGGUUGCUAGAGCUUUGAUUGCUCUUAGUGACACUCCAAUUGCAGCACCUUCUGCCAAUCGCUCGACCCGUCCGUCCCCAACAUUGGCAUCGCAUGUCUAUCACGACUUAAAUGGUCGCAUACCUUUAAUUCUCGAUGGUGGUCCCUGCACAGUUGGUGUUGAAAGUACAGUAGUUGACGGUUUAGUCAACCCACCGCUCCUAUUACGACCUGGAGGUUUCACUUGGGAGCAGAUCAGGGAAAUGGGAGGAGAUGACUGGAUCGAUUGUAAAUUCGAGAAUAAUAAAACAGUGGCAGCUGGAGAAAAAGUGCGAACACCAGGCAUGAAGUAUAGACAUUACUCACCACAAGCCAAAGUGGUUCUUUUUGCUCCACAGGCAAAUGAUGGUGAAUUGCCACAUCGCCUUGAUAGGGUCAAAUCCGUCAUUGAAAGACAUGCCCAAGACGCUCGAAAAUACGCUAUUCUUUCAACGUUAGUUUUUCCUGACGACUUGAUCUCCGAUACACGUUGCAUUCACAAGUCAUUGGGAAAAGCCAGCUCAGAAAUACAAACAAACCUUUUUGCAGCACUACGAGAGGUAGAUGAGAUGGACGAUAUUGAUCUUAUUUUCGUUGAAGGAAUUAGCGAAGAAGGCGAAGGGCUGGCCGUAAUGAACAGACUUAAAAAAGCUGCAAGUAACAAUGUAACUCUAUUUUAA